CCUCAUCAGCAAACUUGAUUCUCAUUUCGAACCUCGUUCAGUUAGCAUGGGGACUUGUGAUAAACACUCGAUUCUUUAUCUUAUGCGGAUUUUCAUUCUUUGCUUGUUAUGUUUCAUGGCCAAAGUUGAAGGUUUAAACAAAAAGGUCUCAGGCUUUUAUGUGUUUGGAGACUCCACGGUAGACCCAGGAAACAAUAACUAUAUAAAUACAGCUUUCAGGAGCAAUUUUCCACCGUAUGGCAGGGAUUUUUCCAACCAAGUUCCUACAGGCAGAUUUACUAAUGGGAAGCUUCCCACUGAUUAUAUUGCUUCAUAUGUAGGUCUCAAAAAAGUUCUUCCAGCUUAUUUGGAUCCAAGUCUCAGCAAUAAUAUUGAAGAGCUAACAACAGGAGUUAGUUUUGCUUCUGCUGGUUCUGGGUUUGACCCACUUACAUCAAGCAUCCCUAAUGUAAUUCCAAUAGCAAGACAGGUAAAAUAUUUCAGAGAAUGCAAACAGAAGAUGGAAGAUGCGGUGGGUAAGCAAAGAACUGAAAAUCAUGUUAAGAAGGCUGCGUUUUUCAUCAGUGCUGGCACGAAUGAUUUCGUUCUAAAUUACUUUGCUCUACCAAUUCGAAGCAAGAAUUAUACUAUCUUAGCCUACCAGCAGUUCUUAAUCCAACGCGUGAAAGAAUUUAUACAGGAUUUAUUGGUAGAAGGUGCUCGAAAAAUUGCAAUAGCUGGAGUUCCUCCACUGGGAUGCUUACCGCUUAUGAUCACCUUGAAAUCUCCUAAUGCCUUUCUCCAGCGUGAUUGUAUUGACAAAUAUUCCUCCGUUGCAAGAGAUUUCAAUCUACUCCUUCAACAUGAAUUACAGUCAAUGCAAUUGCAGCUCAAUAUGUCUAAUCCAGAUGCUAAGAUCUAUUACGUUGACAUAUAUGGACCUAUAGCCGAUAUGAUUCAAGCGCAUAAAAAAUUUCGAUUUGAAGAUGUUGACAGUGGCUGCUGUGGAAGUGGGUACAUGGAAGCAUCAUUUUUGUGUAAUAAGAUUUCAAAUGUGUGCACUGAUCCAUCCAAAUAUGUAUUCUGGGAUUCAGUUCACCCAACAGAGAAGGCAUACCAUAACCUCUUCUUGGCUAGCCUACCCAUCAUUAAUUUCAUCAUCAACAACUAG